GGGCCCGGACGGGGAUCGGGGCCCCAGAGCGCCCCCUCUUACUUCGGGGCGCCCCAAGACCGAAGAGAGGGAAGGGAUCGCAGCGUUUGGCGCCGGCGGAGAAGGCCCUGAACCCAGGAGCCCAGCCCCCACCCAUCCAGGGGCGGCCUGGGCCACGUCCCCCGCCGACCCCACCCCGCGCCCUUCGCAGGUGUCCGGUCUCCAGCCCCCAGGCCGACAAGCAUGAAGCUCCUGUGUGUGGUGGCCGCGUUGAGCUGUUUGCUGGCACCUCCAGCCCAGGCCAACAAGAGUUCCGAGGACAUCAGGUGCAAGUGCACCUGUCCGCCAUAUAGAAACAUCAGCGGGCACAUCUACAACCAGAAUGUGUCGCAGAAGGACUGCUGCCUGCACGUGGUGGAGCCCAUGCCGGUGCCCGGGCAUGACGUGGAGGCCUACUGCCUGCUGUGUGAGUGCCAGUACGAGGAGCGCAGCACCACCACCAUCAAGGUCGUCAUUGUCAUCUACCUGUCGGUGGUGGGGGCCUUGCUGCUGUACAUGGCCUUCCUGAUGCUGGUGGACCCUCUGAUCCGGAAGCCGGACGCGUACACCGAGCAGCUGCACAACGAAGAGGAGAACGAGGACGCUCGCGCCAUGGCGGCCGCCCCGGCCUCCCUCGGGGGGCCCCGAGCCAACACGGUCCUGGAGCGCGUGGAGGGCGCCCAGCAGCGCUGGAAGCUGCAGGUGCAGGAGCAGAGGAAGACGGUGUUCGACCGGCACAAGAUGCUCAGCUAGACGGCGCCGGCCAGGACGCCGCUUCCGGCUCACGGGGCGGGGCGGCGUCUCCCGCUCCCUGGCCCCCUGCGGUCUUCCCUGCACAGCACGUGGAGUUGCCUCCGUUCCUCUGAAACGUUCCCGCUGAUCUGAUUGGGGAAGAGGGUUGGGUCCGGGUCUCUAGCGCGUCUGCUCAGGUCUCUGGAGUCGAGGGGAGGGGGCUGCAGCCCACGGGGAGGAAGGUGUUUCGGGUGCUUCCUUUACAGCCCUGAAUGUCGGGGAAGUCCUGGCCCUCCGGCAGGCGGAGCUGGACCAUCGCCACUCGGGGGGCAGACACCCCGUCAGCACAGCUCCCCCCUGCUAUGCACCUCGUGCCCCCUCCCUCCCAACCCCGAUACCUCGGCCCGCUGCCUGGCCCCGCUGCAGGGUGGCUCUGACCGGGCAGCUGAUGCCACUGAGCCCGCUUGGCCCUCAGGCCUCCGGGACGCCUGUCCCCUUCCCUGCGGUCCUCGCCGUGGGCGGGCAGGGCUGUGUCCGUGCUGACUGCUGCCGGCCCCUCCCCCCACUUCAGGAAGCCAGGCGGGUGCUGGCGCCAUGUGACACGAGAGACUCCUGUCCUUGGGUCUCCACUGUCCCCGAGUCCCCUUGUACCCCUGCAUGGGGAGGACGUGUGUCCUUCCGCUGUCCACGAGUCACGGAGGCACCAUUAAAUCAUAUUUCUCUCA